UGUACGGAGGGAAUCAGCCAUACUCGGUGUACACACGUCCUUCGUGCAUAUAUGUCUUACUGUAGAACUCAGCACUGCAGUACCAUGUAUCGCGCUGUGCUCCGGCUCUGUAGGAAGCAGGUAUUGCCAAAUUCAAUUCAAAGGUGGAAUCAGGAAUGUCGUCUUCUUGGAUUGUCCGUCGAUUCCAGUUCAAAAAGACUUGCGAGCAACACAGCAACAUCGCCAUCAAAGUCCAGUUAUGAGAGUCUGGUAGAAAGGAAACUAUUUCUGAAGACAGCGUUUGCAAGGUCAGCAACUGCCAAGGUUGCUGCUGUGACGACAGUUGACGGCGGCAAAAAUGUUGAAAUCAAAUGGGACGACGGUAGCAUAUCAAAAUAUCACAGUAUGUGGCUGCGUCAAUCUUGUCACUGUCCAUCCUGCCGCCUAUCCACCAACCAACCCAUAGUGAACUUUAUGGACGUUAACAUAGACGCCACUGUGUCAGAUGCCCGGCUUGACGGUGACAAGGUUCUCAAGGUAAUCUGGAGUGAUGACAAGAACCACAUGGGGUUAUUUCCCGUACCAUUUCUGAAGCAUUACAGCUACUCAGACAAAUCACUGACUGAAAUAAAAAAUCAGCGCAAGAUGGUCUUUAGCUCAGAGGCUCAGAUUCCUGAGGUAGCGUACAGUGACGUUAUGGGCAGUGACACCGGCCUAUUCCAAUGGCUAAACCAUCUCAAUAAGUAUGGAAUAUGUCUGGUGAAAAACGUACCAACGCAGGAGAUGACAAUUAAAAAGGUGGUAGAGAGAAUAGCGCCCAUCCAGUCAUCUGUAUACGGGGAGAUAUUCGACGUUAAGGAUACGCCACAGCCUAUCAAUUUCGCCUACACGCCUGUGAGACUGGAGUUACACAUGGACCAGCCAAUGUACGAGUCUCCCCCAGGGCUGCAGUUCCUGCACUGCCUAAGAUUUGACAAACAAGUGACUGGAGGUAAGAACUUCUUCGUGGACUUGUUCCAUGUGGCUCACAGGCUUAGAGAGGAGUACCCAAAAGAGUUCCAGGACCUUGUACGGAUACCUGUCAACUGGGAAACUGUCCACUAUGACAGAGAUUUUCCUGUUCACAUGUCUUACCAAAGGCCGCAUAUAUCCCUCAACAGUGACGGAGAGAUUGUUGGCGUUACAUGGCACCCAGGUCUUGGUGGUCCUCUGCUUGUUAAAGAGGAGGACGUGGAACCAUACUUCAGAGCUUACAAAGUCAUGGCAACUUUGUUAAACAACUUCCCAUCACAGUACCGACACCGUAUGCAGGAAGGGGACAUGAUCUCAUUCAACAACAGACGUGUCCUCCACGGCCGGGAGAGUUACAAUCCUCAUGAUGGCAUCAGGCAUUACCAGGGAUGUUAUGUGCAGAUUGACGAGUUCAAGAGUCAGGUACAGGUGUUCUCUAACAAGAUUGGUGAUGGCAAACUGGCAACGAGAGUGGGCAACUUGGACUUGCAAUAGCACAUGUCAAGCUACAAAACCCUGUAGAAGGGGCUUGAAACGUGAUUACCCACUCAUGUGUAUCUAAGAUUGUGUUACAUAUCGUGAUCAUACAUAAUACGCCGCGCGCAUCUGGCAUUUAUAUUAAUUCAAUUUCCAGUUCAUUUACUGUACCUAUACUGAACAAUGGACAUCAUCGGUUGCAUCCAUGUAUAACGUUUCUGAUCGUUGCUGUAUCUGAACCAAUGUUGAUACAUCACCAGAAUUAUGAACACCUGACCGAAUAAAGCUAAAAACUCC